AAAAACCCCCCGCGUACGGAUGACCGUGGAAGAAAUUGAUUAGCAAUUACACCGUGUUAUACACUGGAACACGCAGUUUGAUUUGUAAUUUUGACUUUGUACUGUCGCAAACUGCAUUGUGUCAUCGCAGUAUUAAGCUUGCAAGUAUCAUUCGCUAAUAUGUUUCACAACAAAACAAGGUGUUUAUUUGUCGAGAUUUUCGUUGUACCCUUCUCGUCGGUCACUAGUAUCAUCUAGCUCCUCUAUAUGACGUCAAGUAUCAAAAUGGACGUCCCAAUCACCUCUGACAUAAUGAUCAUUGGCGGGAAUUCUCAUCCUGAACUUGCCACGCUGAUCGCUAACCGACUCGGGGUGAAGAGCGGAGGAUGUUCGGUUUAUCAUAAAACAAAUAGGGAGACCAUGGUGGAAAUCGGGGACUCUGUACGGGGCAAAGAUAUUUACAUAAUACAAACUGGAUCCAAGGACGUCAACAACAAUAUUAUGGAACUACUGAUAAUGGCCUACGCCUGCAAAACUUCAUCGGCCAAGAAUAUCGUCGGUGUUAUUCCGUACCUACCAUAUUCCAAACAGUGUAAAAUGCGAAAACGAGGAUGCAUCGUGUCCAAGCUGCUUGCCAAGAUGAUGUGUAAAAGCGGUUUGACCCAUGUCAUUACGAUGGACCUCCAUCAGAAGGAGAUUCAAGGCUUCUUCGAUUGUCCGGUUGACAAUUUACGCGCCAGUCCAUUUCUUUUGCAGUAUAUCCAAGAAUGCAUUCCAGAUUACCGCAACUCGGUUAUAGUAGCCAGAAAUCCAGGCAGCGCUAAAAAAGCGACAAGCUAUGCCGAACGACUGCGCCUCGGUAUUGCUGUGAUUCACGGAGAGCAGAGAGAAUCCGAAUCUGAUAUGAACGACGGUCGGUAUUCCCCACCUGCCGUCGUCCCUUCACGUACAAUGGAGGUGGGAGUCGGAGUCCCGGUGCAUCCGGCUAAGGAGAAGCCACCGAUCAACGUGGUAGGAGACGUCGGCGGACGUAUUGCGAUCAUGGUGGAUGACAUGGUCGAUGAUGUACAAUCGUUUGCCGCUGCAGCUGAAGUUCUGAAGGAGCGAGGCGCCUACAAGAUAUACGUACUUGCCACUCAUGGUCUGCUUAGUUCAGAUGCCCCCCGUCUUAUCGACGAAUCGCCAAUCGACGAGGUUGUUGUUACUAACACGAUUCCUCACGAGCUACAGAAGAUGCAAUGUCACAAGAUAAAGACAGUAGACAUCAGUAUUUUGCUCGCUGAAGCGAUAAGACGCAUUCAUAACAAAGAGUCUAUGUCUUACCUCUUUAAAAACGUCACCUUGGAGGAUUAGGAAAGAGAAUAGCGCCCGACAGUGAUACAAAUAUUACCACCAAACGAGUGACGUUAAAUGAAGAUGCCGAGCUUUCAUAGAACUUCUAAUUUUCCAAUUAUUCAAACAAACUUCAGUUACGAAUAAGAAUACACAAACGUCCGUAAGGCUUUUCGUAAAUUACUAAACGGGUAUGAAACUACUCCGACGCCGUUUCUUUCGGUUCGUUAUUCAUUCUAUUUUUAUACUCUCAAAACUAUGAUAACUCUGUUUGAAACAUUAAUUUUCUGCGUAUAAUUUCUAGCGUUGUUUUUUCAUUGAUAUAUCACAAUAAACGGAUACGGAUAGAGGGAAAAAUUAAAUUGGAUAGAAAAGAUGAUAUUUGAGGUGUCACAGUUUGGACAUUUUCGCUCAUACGAACGAUCGCAACAUGCUCGUGCCGAGCCACUGUUACAGCUCCACUAUGUAAAUUAUAGUAAAUGUAGAAAUAGCUUACGUCACAUGUACUGUCCUGAAAACUUUCGUUCACAUAUCCGAUCUUCGAAGAUAUGCUUCCAAAAGAGCUUCUUUCCUAGGUUCGAGGUGUCAGAGAAAGUCCAAACAGCUAGCCACCUCUCGUAGAUUUGAGAAAAAUGAUACAUUGCAUUGCAUUCGUUAUGGAUACUCAUAUCGAUCAUCCUAAAUUCUCAAUCCGCGUCCGUGAAUAUUCUUUGUGCUUACACCAAUCACAGUUGAUUAGAUGUGGUUCGUGUUUUACUGUUAGAUGUAGACUUUUACUGUCCACAACUUAAUUGUCGCUGAGAUGUACAGCAUUCUAAAGAAAUAUCUUGUAGAACAGAUAAUAAAUAUGCAUUCACCUA